AUGAGGCCUCGCGCAGGGACAGGGGUCCUCCGGCUCGCGUCACAAGGGCUGCGGCCUCGCCUCGUCGCGCGCGCGCCGGCGAUCCGCACGCUCACGUCGCGACCUCUCCGGCAUGUGACGACGUCCUCCCCCUCAACAACCCCCUCCCGCGCCUUCGCGGCCGUCGCGACGGCCCCGGCCCCAGCAGACGACCUCGCCCCGCCGCCACCCACCCCAGCUGCGGCCCCCGUGCCCGUCCUCGGUGCUGAGCGCGCACGCGCAGCCCUGAACGACAUCGCGACCAUCCUGCACACCGACGUCGGGGGCUCGUCGGCGUGGUACGCGCGCGUCGAGGCCGCCCUGUCCGACCUCAGCGAUACCCGCCGCGGCCGGCUCGCCGUCGUCGGCGACAGCCUCGCUGGCCCGCGCGACGUCGUGUCCGCCGUGCUCGAGGAGCCGCUGUCCGAUUCGGCCGACACGACGCGCGCGAUCGAAGAACGAUACCUCGGCACCGGGGACGACACGCUCGCCAUCACGUACGAUGCGCGCGCAGCCCGUCUGCCAGGCCAGCUGACGGUCCCGUCGUCGUUCCUCUCCCAGUCGGGCGCGGACGUCGUCGAGAUCCAGCCUGGGCCAGACGCGAUCGCGCACACGCUCGCCGCGGACGCGGUCGUGCUCGUUCUCGACCCGAUCCGGCUCACGACAGCCCCGGCGCUCAAGGAUGUGCUCGCGCCAGCACUGGCCAAGGGAAACGUCCACUUUGUCGUGAACGGCACACUGCCGCCCAGCGCUACCGAGGAGACGGUCCGCGCCGCGCUUGCCGAGCAGCUCAAGCACAUCACUGUCCCCGGCACGCCGCACCCGACGUACGACCUCAGCUUUGUCAACGCGGCGGCGGCGAUGCGCGCUGCGUCCGCCCUGUCUGCCGCGCUGGGCUCUGACGCCGCAGGAGGCGCCAAGGCCAAGGCGUUCGCCACGUUCCAGCGCGACUUUGUUGGCUCCGCUAUCGGCCCAUUGCGGGGAACGCUGCUCACAGCCAUUCCGCCGGGGUACCAGCUGCGCACGGCCGAGAACACGGCGCACCAGGCGAUCGCGUACACCGAGUCGGUGCUCGGGUCGGACCGCAACGUGCUCCUGUCGGCGUCGGACGUCGUGGCGGACCUGCGCGCCGAGGCGACCAGCGGCGCAGGCAAGGCGCGCCGCAUGUCCGUCGUGACCAAGGGCGUGUCGAGCGGCGUCGUCGAAGGCAGCAUCGACUCGUCCGUCGCCCAGGCCAAGGCCGACAUCCAGCAGCUCUUCGACGGCCGCCUGUCCUGGCUCGGGCUGGUCGCGCGCCUGCGCGUCGACGACGUCGGCGCCGAUAUCGGCUCGUACAUCUCGCGCCAGUUCUGCGCCGACACGCAGCGCCAGCUCGUGUACGAGGCCGGCCAGCUCUCCGAGCUGCAGGGCACGCUCGGCGCAAGCGCUGACCGCACCGCGCGCCAGCUGUCGUCCAGCCGCACGCCGCAGGGCCCCGAGGCCAACGUCGCCGGCCACCCCUUCUCCUCCCCGCUCCUCCUCAACCACCUUUCCUCGCUCGGCCUGUCCAUCCCGCCAGUCGAGCCGCGCACCCUCCUCCCCCCGCUGACCAGCCGGCGCAACCAGCUCCUCUCGACCGUCGUCCCCCGCCUCCAGGUCUCGGCGCAGCGCUCCCUCCUCACGACGUACGCGCUAUCGCUCGCGGGCGUGUCUGCCUCCUGGGUCGCGUGCGUGCCCCCACUCGCCCUGAUAUCCGGCUACACGGCCACCGGGCUCGGCCUCCUCUCCGUCGUUGGCGGCCUCGCGCUCGGCCAGCACUUCUGGGCGCGUGCGCAGCGCCGCUUCUGGAAGGACUGGGCACGCGUCACCGACAUGCUCAAGGACGACCUCGUCGUACACUACGACAAGACUGUCAAGGCGCUUGUGCUCUCCCGUCCAGAGACCGCCGCCGACGGACUGCAGGAGCUCGUGGCCAAGCGCGAGACGCGGUUGAAAGAGCUCGAGGGGCGCCUGGAGCGCUUGAGAGAACGGCUGGCAGACCAGACCGCCGCCGAUAGCACAUAG